UAAACAGAUCAUUUAGUAAAGCUUUGAGAGUCAGCGCGUACAGAGCAGAGGAUUUUCCGAGAUGCUGGCUAGACGCUGUAGAUUUAUUUGCCGGUUUCAAACUAAUAGAGCGGUAGCAAUGGAACCAAGAGAUGUGGACUGGCAGAGAGCGCGUCGAUUUGAACACAUUCCCUCAAUUCAAAAACUUUCUCUAACUUUGGAUAUGUCAUUCCCGGGAGGAAAAUAUAAGAACUUGGACCUAUCCCAGCUCAUGAUGGCUUUGCGUAGGGAUUAUGGUGAUAUAUAUCGAAUGCCAUCACUAUUCGGCAGUGAGCCAAUGGUGAUAACCUACAGUCCCAGAGACUUUGAAGAAGUUUACCGACAUGAAGGAGUAUGGCCGAGUCGUCCUGGAAACGAUACAAUGCGUUAUCAUAGGCUGACACAUCGCAAGGACUUUUUCCAAGGCUGUCAAGGACUUAUUGCUCAAGGCAAGGAAUGGGGAGAGUUUCGCAGCAUUGUUAAUCCUGUUUUAAUGCAGCCAAAAAAUGUGAGAGUUUAUUACAAGAAAAUGUCGCAAGUUAAUAUGGAAUUUGUGCAGCUCAUAAAAGCGAAACGCGACUUGAAAACAUUGGAAAUGGCAGACAAUUUCAUUGAGGAUAUCAAUCGAUGGACUUUGGAAUCGGUCUCUGUUGUGGCUUUGGACAAACAGCUGGGUCUGCUCAAGGGAGGCAGCAAGGACGAGCAAACUCAGCUGCUGUUCAAAAGUUUGGAUGAGUUUUUUCGUUACGGCGGUACUCUCGAUGUAAAACCCUCACUAUGGCGAUAUAUUAAAACUCCCAUGUUUAAGAAACUGAUGAAGGCUUACGAUAAUAUACAAAUAACUACAUUGGCUUUUGUCAAUGAGGCAUUGGAGCGUCUGGAGCGAGAGUCACAGCAGGGAUUAGUGCGUCCAGAGCUGCUGAAGAAGAACAAGCAGGUGGCAACUAUUAUGGCUAUGGACUUGAUGCUCGCUGGCGUGGACACUACCUCAAGCGCAUUUACUGCAGCCUUGUUGUGCCUUGCCAGCAAUCCCGAGAAGCAAGAAAAGCUGCGUGAGGAAGUGAUGCUGGUGCUGCCCAACAUGGACUCGGAGUUUACCGAAGCGUCUAUGAUGAAUGUGCCUUAUUUGAGAGCUUGCUUGAAGGAAUCGCAACGCAUGAGACCACUUGCCAUCACUCAUGCUAGAAAACUAGAACAGAAUUGUGUGCUCAGUGGUUACAAAGUGCCAGCAGACACAACUGUCAUGAUGGUGCCCAUACCCGCACUCAGUAGCGAGCAGUACUUUCCAAGAGCCACGGAGUUUCUACCAGAGCGCUGGUUGCGCAAUGAAGAAAAAGCCGAAUGUCCAGCUUUAAGAACUACAUAUCCUUUUGCCUACUUGCCCUUUGGCUUUGGUGCGCGUAUGUGCGCAGGCAAGCGUAUUGUGGAUAUGGAACUCGAACUUGGAAUUGCUCGCAUUAUUCGAAACUUUAAGGUGGAAUUUAAUUACAGCACUGAAAAUGCAUUUACUGCGGUUAUGUUUAACAAACCGAAUAUUCCGCUUAAAUUCAAAUUUACAGACUUGAAUAAAUAACAUACUAAUAUCAUUAGAUGAUAAUAUAUGGGCAAAGUGAAGACAAAAUGAAAAAUAUAAUUUAAUUAUUGAAAACACUGGAAUGUAAGAAUAUUUAAGAACAUUUUUUGGAGCAUAUAGCUCCAUUAAAGUUGGUUACAGAAAGUCAUGAUAAUGUUCUUGUUGAGCUGAACAACUCAUAUAACGAUUGGCGUGUGUCCAUGUUUCGAGAUCAUCAAGCUGCUGGUCAUUAGUGUUACACCUGAAUAACAUAAAUAAUCGUCAAACAGUUAAGGUUUUACGAAUAACAAAAUAAAACGAU